AUGUCUACUUCUCCAUCGCCCGGCAAUGCUUUUUUCCCGGAUGGCCCGCAAAUGCGCCUCCCUUCCAUCGUCUUUCUCUACCGUCUAGAGUGCGAAACGACCGAGGACUUUGAUCUCGGAGCCCCACAUGAUUCUGGAGUGAUUCGAAGCAUCGUCAAUAUCACACGCGGUAGCUUAAAGGGCCCUGGGAUUGAAGGCAAUAUUUUGCCUCUCGGAGGUGCGGACUGGGCUACCGUUAUCAAGGGGACGCAUUCCAUGAAACUUGAUGCUCGCUACACGGUGCGAACUAAUGAUAACUACUAUCUCUACAUUCGUGCGCAUGGACUUUACCGUCCUGGCCCAGAGACAAACUAUGCGAAGCAAGUCGAAACCGAUCCGACUAUGAUACCCCCGUCGACAAUAUCGCAAGACGAUGUGGAAUUCUUCUCGCAUCUGCGGAUUGAGGCAGGGCCAGGGCCAUACAAUUGGUUGAAUGGGCUUGUGUGUUUGGGAGUUAUGAGUUGCCAGGAUGGAAAGAUCUGGAUUGACGCCUAUCAUCUCACCAAUUUCCCUGGCGUCAAGCCGGAGGAUGUGGUUGCGAAGGCAUAG